GACAGAUGCUUCGGAUUGUUUGUUAAAUAUCUUCGGUCCCAGUUAAAAUGCUUCCGAGCGUUUCCUGCGACACCCCAGUUGAUUGAAACAUUUCUGACGAUUUCCAAUGCGCGGAACCUUAAAACCUCUAUCCUCAUUUUUCGGUUUCGCUUUCUCAUUCAUUUUUCUGCUUGGAUACCUGCUACCUCUAUUCUAUUCCGGUUUAUCUGCAAAUAAAUUAGAUCUACUCAAGGUCAAUUACUCAAUCUACUCUAUUACUUUAUUAUUAUCAAGAUGUCGAAUCUGUUGGACACAGUGGAAGGUUAUAUCUGGGGCAACUCUACCGAUGCGGUUGUGAAUGGCACCAUGUACCCCGUGGAGACGUUGCCUCCCGCGACCUGCGACGAGAAGAUGACGCAACCGGUGGAAGUGUACUGGACGUUGGUGGGUUCCAUGUUGGUGCUCUUCCUCGCCACGUUUGUGUUACCGUUUAUUUGCUUUUGCUGCAAGAAUCAUCCACGAUGUUUGGCCCGUAUCUUUUUCUUUUCCGGAUUGAUCAAACUGAUCAUUGGUUCGCUCUUGGCGAGUGUCCUCCUGCCACAAUGUCCCAUCGAAUGCGGAGAAUUUUUCUGUGGGGUGCACAAGUACAGUCCCGGACCUGUCUAUGGAAUCAUAUUCAUCAUUAUCGGAUUGCUCUGGUUGUGCCGGGGAUGUGCCCUCAAGCGAUCCGCCAAAAAACAAGAAUUGGAACGAGAGGCCGAACGAGCCACGGCAGGAUUGGCGUUGGAACCAUCGGUAGGAGGCAAGCGAGUGCCAGAUAUUGUUUAAUUAAAAACAAGACAAACCCAAAGAGAGAGAGACUCAAGAAGGUCAAAGCAGACAAAGAAACAAUUUUAUCUUCAAUCCAUCCAUGUACCCCUCCAGACCAACAAGGAACAAGAGGAACUGAAACCAAAAGAGACACGGUCAAAGCUUCUGAAUGUAGAAUCUAUAUAAUUUGACAAUAACCAGAAAAAAGAACAAAGAACAAAACCUUGCGACA